CCUGCGGGAAAGAAGGCAGAAUCUGGAGCUGUAUUUUUUGCAGUCAUUAUUCCACAUCGUUUACUUUCGAGUCACGUGUUAAUCAAGAAGAUGAGGUUAUAUGUUCUUUACCUGUACCUCGUUGUUGCUCUGGCGCGGCCUACCUUAAGCAAGAACCAGGAGGACUACGUGUCGAAGGAUUCGUCUGCGCAGCAUAAGGCUGGUUUGCAAGGAACAACUCUCCAUUACUACUAUGAAAGCGAGGCAAAACUGUUUGGCCCGGCAGAGGAAAUAUUUCACAUCUCGGCUGAUGUAGAUGUGGAGUAUAUUGGAGGUGGCUUUGGAAACUACAUAGACGGAAAUGCUUCGUCCUUCCUUAUGUUUAUGCAUAAUGUUUUUGUGCAAGUGAUUAAGGGAAAUGGCACGACCUCCCAGUCCGAGGCUCCCCUGUCUGCUGACGACCUAUAUGACCAGCCUACCUGGUUUGUUCAACUGGGGAACGGAACUAUUGCCGAGGCUAGGUUUACCAAGAAAGAUUUAGGGAAAAUAAAUGUCAUGAAUUUCAAGCGCUCCAUUUUAUCGGCACUUCAAACGAAUUUGGUCCGUGACAAAGAAAAUGUCAUAGAGACAGACGUCAUGGGGACACACAAUUCGCGUUAUAGGACAACGGAGCUGCAAUUUGGCGAAAUACAAAUUAAGAAACACUUUUCAUCCAAGGACUUCUAUGUAGACGAUAAUACUGACAUGGACACCGACGAAGUGGACAUCGAGACAGAUGAAGUCCAGCGUGUUAGUGGAGGUAUACUGACCAGCGUCUCCGGACACGUGCAAGUGUUUGACAAACCCGAGGUCCAGGAUGACACUGGUAUCAACCCUGGGGAAGGUGGCAAUAUUGAUCUUGGGGCAUAUUUGACCUCUAACGUGACCUUUGCGUUGACCUUGCGUAGGCACGUAAAGCGUUCCGUUGAGGGCGUUCAAAGAAUGGAAGCGGCUGCCAGCGCUCGAUUUCAGAAAAGAUCCUUGGUAGGACAGUACGACAAGGUGUCUGGUGUGUACCAAAGAUGGACUGUUUUGAGGAAAAAGUUCGACGAAGAGGAUAAGUUAAGGGAUGCCACACAACACUGCAACCUCUGCAGCCGCCAACAAACCUGCCCUGGUUAAGCAACUGAUGCAAACAACAAAAGAGAUUGUUUCCAAGUGUUCGGCAAAUUGGGAAAUAUGCAAAGAAAUUUUGGAUCUUUAUAUCACAGCCGGCGGAAAAGAAGUCGAAAAGUCUCUGUCAGAUCUGGUCCAGUAUCAUCCACUAUCAACCGGGCAAAAGCAGGAACUGAUUCAGAAGUUGUCCUUUAUUGCUAAACCCACAAACCACAUCUUGACCACAGUCAAGACACUCUGGAACACGUCCUCUCAAGAGGAUCAAUCCCAAAGUCACGUCAUACUUACCCUCGGCUCCCUCGCCUCCAAGGAAACUACAAGCACUGGUUUUCGGUCAGAAUUAGUGGAUCUUCUUCGACGCCAUCUUCAAUCAGGCGACAAAAAUAACAAUACAGAACAAAUCAGUGACGCUCUUGAGGCUAUAGGUAACUUUGGAGACAACAGACUAACGCCGGAUGUUUUGGCAGUUGCUAAAAGAGAAGGACAGUUGGAAGAGAUAGAGAUAGGCUGUAUCCACGCUCUGAGAAGAAACUUCCACGUUGAGUCGGUUCAGCAAUGGCUAGUAAAUCUGCUGACUCGUCCAUCAUCUGACUGUGAAUUACGUGAAGCUGUUGUUGUGACCAUCAAAGGCGAACUUGCCUACAGAAAAGUACUGGAUACAAACAAUAAAGCAUGGCCCAAUUCAGGUCAAACAGAGGUGGACAGAAUCCUUCUCAAUGCACUUCUUAUGGCAGAUGUAAGAUAUGCAUGCUCAUUUUCAGACAUUAAGGAGUAUCUUCAACUUAAAGGUGUACCAGUUGGUACUCAUAUUGAAACUUACGACACGAUGAACUCCGCGCGCACCAAGAGAAGAGUUGACCAUCUUGAUUGCAGUUCUUGGGGCACCCACGGUUCACGGUAUUCAGAAUUGUUAAGUUCAUCGCAGUUCUCAAGUGAUAACUCUCAAUACCCAGACAAUAAACACUGCCUAUCCCACAUCGGUUUUGGCCCUACGAAAACAAAUAUUUAUAUCAAGUCUGGUGUGUUUGCUGGUGAAAAUGUACAGCAAGGAUACUGUAAAGUGUACGGCAAAUCAGUAGCCAAACUCAAAGUCUUCUCCCUACGUCUUACUCUUGCAAUCGCAGAAGCAUAUCGUAUUAAGAGAAGCAGCAGUACCACGAGAGUCUAUCUCAAUGUCCUCGGGACCACAGUGGUGAACAUUUAUCGGUCUGGCCCACUGGUCAGAACUUUUCCAGUUUUCAAACCAUCACCAAUAACCAAGUCGUUCCAGAUUUUUAUCUAUGUCGGCCAUAUCACCGUUACAGUUACCUUGGCACCGAGGGUGGACUUUAGUGUAAGAGUAGGGUUUUGUCCUCGUUCAAAUAACCCCUGUUCUCACUGUUUGACGAUGACCCUUAAAGCUAGUGUCGCAAUAUCUGGAGCUGCUUCAGCUAAUGUUGCUGCACUGGCUCGUGGUGGGAUAAACAUCGGCGUCACCCUCAAUUACCUGGUUGAAGGAGAGGGGAAGUUGUAUCCCGGGAUUUGUUUUUCGUUCUACCACGGUCACGACCCCAUGACGAUUACCAUCCAAGCUUGGUAUCAAGUCAGAUCUAAGGUCAGCGUUGGGGGCUGGAGGUUCUGGGAGUGGAGAUGGACCUGGGGAAGCAGGAAUCCGUGGAGUCCUUUAUCCCUAUCUUGGAACAUUGCAAGCUCUGUAAGAAAACUCAUCGCUAAAGCGGGCAGCUGCUAGACAUGUUUGUUCAACGGGAUACAAAAAAAAUUGUCGACUUAGUCUGAAUACAUAUGUGUGCGCUUUUUUGUACGUGUGCAUGUUCAUGUUCAUGUGGACAUAUUUGUAUGUGUUGAAGAUCGUGCUUAAUUCAAGUAAAAAAGACUACUUCACACUACAACCACAAACUGCAUAGGCCUAUAUUGUUCUAACAUUGUUCUCACGUUGUCAAAAAAAUGACUUUUGUAAUCCAUGCAGGUCCUGUCCGAGUAAUUUGGUUUCCGUUUUGUUAAAUACAACUCAUUUAUUUUUAGUUAGUUGGCUUUCAUAGAUUUAUUCGAACCCGUCAAUACAAUGAAUAAGUUCAAUUUAUUAUCAGUAUCAUUGUUUAUCUUUUUUUAUAUACGUGUUUCUUUUUUACUAAUCUUAUUAAUUUUGAAUGCGUUUAUCAGGUUAUUAAUUGAUUAAUUAAUUAAUUAUUAUUUAAUAUGUAUUGGUUAUUUCAUUUCUAUUGCUUCUUUUGUGCAUUCUUCAUUUAAAAACGAGUGUCCAUGCUCAAAAUUUAGCUGACCACAAAGUACAUGUUACAUAAUUGUUCAGAAUUAAGUUAUCAGUUUCAGUUUCUUAAACCUUAUAACAAUAUUGAUUAUUGUCAGUUUUACAUAUUCAGAUUUUAUUGACUUACACAUUUCCCUGGGUGAAACGGCGCUUUCUCUAUUUGUGUGAAUCUAAUUGAUUAAAACAAAACACAUUGAUGCUAUCUGAAG